AUGGCGACGAGACUGAACGGCCAUGGCCUGCUCGCGCUACCAGCAGAGGUGCUCACCGAGAUCUUCAGCUUUAUCACUGCGACCACAGACCAGGUCACAGUGUGCCUCGUCUGCACAGAGACUCGAGAAGUCAUGCUGCCCAUACUUUACAGCACUGUCUAUCUCGUCAUCGAUGACGACUCCGAUGCCAGACAGCAGGUCGCGCCGCUCCUGAACUCCAGCAAUCUAGGUGUGAAGCAUGUUCGCCACCUGCGUCUGGACACUACUGAUCCUUCGUCGACGACGCCGGAAAUUAUGCUGGCCAUGACCGUCAACAUUCUGCCCCGUGAUUGUCUUCGAAGCCUAUGUUCCAAUGUUCUUUUUGAUGACGAGCAAGAUCAGCAUCUGCUCAUCCUUCUCGGUCAACAUCAACGCAAGUUGGUCCAUCUCAGUCUAAGCAAAUCCUGCAUUGAUGCCUUCCUAGGUGUUCAAGCUGGGCGCAUAGAGUAUCUACCGGGCAUCGAGAGCCUGGAGACCACAUGCUAUGACGAGCUAAUCAUGGCCGAUGACCAUCCCUCCGAGGUUUACAGCGUCGGUUUCGAGCAGCUUCGCAGCCUCCGCAUCGAUCUGAGCGAUGUUAGCGUUGCCUUCGACAACGACCCGACAGCUCACGACUCCGCUCUCGUGACCUCACGGUACUUCCGUGGUUUCCUCCGCCAAGAUGAUGAUGAAGAAGACACAGACGAGGUUGAGCUGACUCGAUCGAUAUCUUCGCUCGCUUGA